AGAGGAAACUGCUGUCACAGGAGGUGUUACCACAUGGUUUCAUUUUGAGCUUUGGUGGAGACAGGAUUUCUGAUUGCAGCCAUGGACUUCAUUGAGCCCAUACUAUCCAUUGCGUCUGCUAUAUAUGACCUGGUUGAGAACGUCAAGGCAAACAAAAAGCGCUGCCAUCGUGUGGCAGAUAGAGUGAAAGCUUUGGAGGAGCUGGUGCAGUCUGCGAGGAAGAGAAAAGCCAUCCUCAAAUCGGACGUGGUAGAGAAAGGGCUUCAGGAGCUGACCAUCACCUUGACAUCGGCGCGGGAUCUGAUAGAAAAGUACACACAGGCCAGUUGGGUCCAGCGCAUUCUGAAAUCCGGUAGCCACUUGGAUGGAUUUACCACAGUGAACGAGCGGCUAAACGAUGCCUUCCAAGUUUUGUCGGGGGCGCUGCAGGUGGAGCACGGUGACAUGAUCUAUGAAGUGUUCGAGAUAAGCCACAGACAGAAGCUGGACGAGAUGGAUUCACGGGAAGAUGACGCAGAGCUCAAGAGAUUACUACUGAACUACGUGCAAGUGCAGCAGGACAAGAUGGAUGCCAUGAUGAAGGAGUUUGAAGAGGUUAAAACCAAUGUGGCCAAGAUGGUGGACAUAUUGAACAAGCCCAGUGCCACAAAUGAGGUGAUCCGGAUGAUCAAACCAGAGGAGCUCAAGUAUGAUUUCCCUCAGCAGCCCUUCAUGGUGACCCCUACCUCUGAGGUUUAUAAAGGAGAGUACAAUGGCUUCACUGUGGCCAUCAAGCGCUUUAUUGACCAGGCAGACACUAGCUUCAGUGAGAUCAAUAAUGUUUUUAACAAGGAGGUUCAAACGAUGAGGCUUUUUGAGUCACCAAACAUCCUCCGAAUGUUUGGCAUUUGUGUCAAGAAUAAAGAAGGUCCGUAUCCAGAGUACCUGAUCAUCAUGGAAUACUGUGAGAAGGGCAGUCUCAGGCAGGUCCUAGACUCGGACUGUAAAUUAUCCUGGAUGAGAAAAGCACGCAUGUGUCUGGAUGCCGCCAAGGGGUUAUACAGGUUACAUCAAACUGAGGCUAAGUCAAAGGUCCAUGGGUGCAUCAACAGCGACAAGUUUCUUGUGGCUGAAGGCUAUAGAGUGAAGUUAGGAGGCUUUGAGCUCGCCAAAACAGAGACCUCGUUGAAAAAGAACAGACAUGAUCGACAGAGCCGGUCCUUGUGCUACUCUCCUCCACAAAUGCUCAACAGCAUCGACUACCCCUACAGCAAAGAAUGUGAAGUUUACAGUUUUGGUAUUGUCAUGUGGGAAAUUGCAACUCGUCGCCAUCCCUUUGAAGAUCCAGUAACUAAAGCGAAAUGGACAAAUAAGGAAAUGCUUGAGAGAGUGGGCAAAGAGAAAUAUAUGGAGCCACUUCCUGAGGAUUGCCCCAAAGCGCUCGGGGAUCUGAUCAAUGCAUGUCGAGCCUAUGAGAGCUUCCACAGACCAUCAGCUGGAGUAUUGGUGGAUAAACUGCGCAGUGUGGUGACACAACUACCUCUGGAAUCACCGUGACCUACAAAAAUCAAGCCUUUACCUUGACCAUAGUAGACAUAUUUUAUACUUUAUUAAAGUAUGUCAAAUGAAAUCAAGAACGUUUUUGUGGGAAAAACAAAAAACAAAAAACUAAAUGCAAAAUUGUACUUCAUAAAAUGUAUUGAGGGAAUAUAACUAGCACUACGCAACUGCUGAAAUAUGAGUAGCAAUAUCUCUAUCUAGUGGUAGUCAGGCAGAACUACUUGGCACCUCAAACAUAGAACAUUUUAAAAGGGAUAGGCCUGGUGGCCAACUAAAAUGUUUCAUACAAUAAAAUGAAAAUAAUGUUGUGGUAUGUAUGUAAGUAUGUAUGUAUAUAUACUGUAUAUACUGAGAAAGAUGUGUAUCUUAUUCUUUGUCUUUACUAACCGUGUAUGGCUGUCUGAGACUACAACAAUCUUCCAAAUAAUUUUCUGAGCAUGCUCAAUUUGAUGUGCUAAUAAAACAUAAUAAAACAAAACAAAACUAUGUGCCACAAUAA